AUGCUUCCCCCACCAUCGCCGUCGUCGGAGACCGUCUCCAAGAAGCGGCCGCGCGAGACGAACGAGGGCGCGUGGUCGGCCGACGAGCACGAGCGCUUCCUCAUGGCGCUCCAGCUCUACCCAGAAGGCCCGUGGAAGGCGAUCGCAGAGAUCGUCCAGACGCGCAACGCCAAGCAGACGCAGACACACAUGCAGAAAUGCAAAGAGAAGCUUGUGCGCCAGCACCGGCGCGACCACGCCGACGACGAGCCGCUCACGUGCGCCCGCUCCAAGCACUCGGCCAACCUCAAGGUACCCGCGAUCGAGCCGAUUCCGUUCACUGCGCCCAGCGCGUCACUCGACGACGUCGUGACCGACCUCCCGCUCGAAGACGCACUCGACUUCUUCUGCAACCUCCCCAACGCAUGA